GACGAGGUGGCUUUCAUGCCACGGAAGGGCCAGCUGCCAAGGGUGCCUCUGCUAGCUGCCUCUCACCCAUCGUUGCUGUUGCUUUCAAAGGACAGAGCGCUUGUUUCACAACCUCAAACCGUAGUCAUUGCUUCCUCCUCGCGCUGCCUUCUGACAACUGUCAGAGAAGGAAAGCCGUUGGAAGAUGCCGGCUGCCGCUGCUUCACGCACAUCCUGGGUGUCGCAGCUGGGUUGGAGGUGGGGCUGGUGUACAUGUUCAACCUCAUCGUGGGCACAGGCGCGCUCACCAUGCCCAAGGCCUUCGCCACCGCCGGCUGGCUGGUCAGCCUCGUGCUGCUGGUGUUCCUGGGCUGCAUGAGCUUUGUGACCACCACAUUUGUGGUGGAGGCCAUGGCAGCUGCCAACGCACAGCUCCGCUGGAAGAGGAUGGAAACCCACAAGGAAGAGGAAGAGGAUGACUCCUCCACGGCCUCAGACAGUGACGUUCUCAUCCAGGACAGCUACGAGCGCGCAGAGAAACAGCCCAUCCUGUCUGUGCAGAGACGUGGAUCUCCCAACCUUUUUGAAAUCACGGACCGGGUGGAAAUGGGACAGAUGGCCUCCAUGUUCUUCAAUAAAGUCGGGGUCAACUUAUUCUACUUCUGCAUCAUCAUUUACCUGUACGGAGACCUGGCCAUCUACGCCGCGGCCGUGCCCUUCUCCCUCAUGCAGGUGACCUGCAGCGCCACUGGCAACGACUCCUGCGGCGUGGAGGCGGACACCAAGUACAGCGACACCGACCCGUGCUGGGGACGGCUGCGCCGCGUGGACGCCUACCGCAUCUACUUGGCUGUCUUCACUCUCCUCCUCGGACCUUUCACCUUCUUUGACGUCCAGAAGACCAAGUACCUGCAGAUCCUCACCUCUCUGAUGAGAUGGAUCGCUUUCGCCAUCAUGAUUGUGCUGGCCCUGGUCCGCAUCGGGCACGGACAAGGGGAGGGGCACCCGCCCCUGGCCGACUUCUCGGGGGUGCGGAACCUGUUUGGGGUGUGCGUCUACUCCUUCAUGUGCCAGCACUCGCUGCCGUCCCUCGUCACCCCCGUCUCCUCCAAGCGCCACCUCACGCGCCUGGUCUUCCUGGACUACGUGCUGAUCCUGGCCUUCUACGGCCUCCUCUCCUUCACCGCCAUCUUCUGCUUCCGCGGCGACAGCCUCAUGGACAUGUACACGCUCAACUUCGCGCGCUGCGACGUCGUGGGGCUGGCCGCGGUGCGCUUCUUCCUGGGCCUCUUCCCCGUCUUCACCAUCAGCACCAACUUCCCCAUCAUUGCCGUGACCCUGCGCAACAACUGGAAGACGCUCUUCCACCUCGAGGGCGGCACCUACCCCUGGGUGGUGGACCGCGUGGUGUUCCCCAUCAUCACCCUGCUGCCCCCCGUGCUGGUGGCCUUCUGCACCCAUGACCUGGAGUCCCUGGUGGGCAUCACGGGGGCCUACGCGGGCACGGGCAUCCAGUACGUCACCCCCGCCUUCCUGGUGUACCACUGCCGCAGGGACACCCAGCUGGCCUUCGGCUACGGGACCGUCAACAAACACAGGUCCCCUUUCCGCCACACCUUCUGGGUGGGCUUCGUGUUGCUCUGGGCCUUCUCCUGCUUCGUCUUCGUCACAGCCAACAUCGUCCUCAGCGAGACCAAGCUCUGAUGGCAGGACGUGUCGGUGAUGGCAAAGUGGGGCCUGGCCUCCUCACCCACAGAGCGGAAACUGAGCUGCCUCCCAGGUCCUCAUGGACCAGGGGAGACUGGGGCUCUCCGAGGGACCCUCCACAUCUCCAGCUGGGGGUCUUCCUGCCAGGACUCUGCGCGCUGGUCAGCACUGGCCUUGCCCACUGGGGUAGCCCCUGUCCCGGACCGUCCUGCCUGGUGUGACCUCUGGCUGCUCCCAGGCCUUGUUAGGAACACCCCUCCGUUUUACACACACGGCACUCCCGUCUCCAGAGGCGGGCUCCUCCCCGUGCGCGGUGGGAAACGGUACUGCCACUGCUGCUGUUUAUGCCAGACCUCCGGCCCCUCCUCCCAGCCUCUCCUGCACCCUUGCCUGGGAAUUUGGCCCCAUCAGCAGCCGCUGCCUCUUCAGAGGUGAGUCCCAGGCUCUCCCAUCCCAACCAGGCCGCCUUCCCAAUAGGCCUAGGAGUCGCUAAGUGCCACUCCUGGGGAAGAGCCUGUCCAGCCGGCGACAACAGGAAGUGCUAAGUGUCACCGAGGUCCCUGGACCUGAGCCGAGAGGGCCCUGCUGUGGGCGCCGGCCCUGGAGCAGCAGGCUGGGAGUGAGGGUCAUCCCUCCCGUGGGGCACAGCACCUGGAGGCUGGGCUGGAAGACUGGGACUUGUGAUCCCUGAACGCGGCCCUCGGCUCUCCCGGCUGCCCCGGAGCCCUCAGGGCCCCUGUAGCACAGGGAGCGUUGGAGGGAAGCUGCCCCUCCUACCCGUCUCAGCAGCUCACGAGUGCCCUGAGUUUGUGGCCGUGAGGGCUGCAUGGCACCCACCCUGCUCAGCUGGCCUGCUUCUACUCCCUUGGGGCGACGGGUGGGUGGGGCACCUCGCUGUGCCCUCCCACAGCAGAGGCGGAUUCCUAGGCACCUCCUGCUCCCAGGUGCACGUGCACCUGCUGGGCAGCCCCCUCAGAAACACAGGUGGCUCUAAGGAGCCCCACGUGCCUUCUCCUGCUUCAGGACCUAGGGCCCUUCCUGACCCACUCUGGCUUGCCUCCAGCCCUGGGCCAGACCCACCUGUCCUGGAGCCAAGCAGCUGGCCUCAAGCUGCCUCCCUGGGGCGGGGUCUCGGGCUGCUGCGUCUCCCUCCCCAUUUUGAUUUCAGUGCCUUGCUCGGCCCUCAGGAGGGCCCCUCUGUCACCCCCUCCCCUUGCAUCUUCAAGCUUUGGAUAGGGGGGCGAUGCUGGGGUUCCUGGGGCCCGAGGUGGUUUCAGGAUCAUGGGAUGUUUGGGGUCGGCAGGAAAUGUGGGGUGUCAGCAGGCAGCACCCCUCCACCUCUGGCCCUGCCGAUGCCCCUAUGAGAACCCCGUGUCGUCCUUGGCCCCAUCUGCUUUCUGUCAUCACAGUGGGCAGUUCACAUACCGUGUCCCCUCAUCCCUCUGUGUUUCCAUCCACGUGAAAAACAAUCAUCCCUCCCCCUCUGCCAUCGAAGCUGCCUCCCAGGAGGCCCUGCCCCGGGGUGGGCAGAGCCAGAGGGCACUGCAGUAGUGGCGCCAAGAAUGACAAGACCUGGCCCAUCCCCCUGUGGCUCGGGCCCUCCCUGGAGCUUGCCGCUGUUUGCUGAAAACUCAAUUAAAACAUCUGUACUUACCCGUC